UUUAUUAAAAUUCAUGAAUGAUUUGUUGAUUUACGAGCGUUAAGAAAGAAAGCCAACUGUGAUGGCAUGUACUUUAGACAAAUUUGUUUCGAAUGUCUUCUACCACUCUUUGGACUUCACUUCCGACACUUCUAAGCCGGCUGCGAAGUGUUGAGUCUGCGGACACGCCAGUUCCCAUGACAGAAUCACAAAACAAAGAGUCACGGUCGGUGAAUUUAUCUGAAUAAAUAAUUUGCUAAGUCAUUAUGGUCACGCACUUCUAGAUCAACGAUUUGCAAAGUCAUCAUUGUUGAUCAUCAUAUUUGAGCAUCAUAAGGUAGAGCCAGCGUCACCUUUAGAUAAUUGUUUCAAAUUGAAGCGAGUUAUAAACAAUCCUCAGGCGCGACUUCAAGUACGAACUCAGUCUUAAAAGAUGGCACAACAGAUAGGUUCUCUCUUGGCUGUUCUAAGCGCUUUCGUGCUUUCGUCAAAUGCCGUUAAAUGUCCUGGGACGGCCACAUAUACGUUGUCGUGGAAAGCUGAUUGGACCCAAGCAAACCAUCCGAACACAGCCCUUCCAAGCAAUGCACAUUUUUCGCCUUUGAUAGGUUGUUCUCACAGUACCGACUACAUAAUGUGGCGAAGAGGACAGAAAGCUUCUGCUGGGGUAAAGUUGGUCGCUGAAAGAGGUCAAACUGGAACCCUCCGAAGCGAAAUAGAGUCUCAAAUCUCUGAUGGAAAGGCCUGGCAGCUCAUCCUGCCGGGGUCUGGGCUUGGUGCAGUAGGUGAUCUACCCAAUAUUCAAGUCAAAGUUACCUCCAACUUUUCCAGGGUGUCUCUGAUCAGCAUGCUUGCUCCAUCCCCCGAUUGGUUCGUAGGAAUUGACAGCCAUGAUCUCUGUGACAAUGGACAAUGGCGAGAGACCUGGAAUGUCACCAUGUUACCCCCGUAUGACUCAGGCACAGAUAGCGGGCAGCAGUUUAUAAACAACAAUCUACCAACACAGCCAGCCGUAGACAUUUUCCGGAUAAAUCACACCAUGGAAGGUGUAUUUAAAGCCCAAAAUCCCAUCCCAAGCCUGGGAGAAUUCCGAUUUAGAGGGCUGAACUUCCCAGUUAUCCAAAUGAAUCACUCCGAUGGAUUUGCUAAAUCUGUUAUCUACAAACCAACUAGUGCCAUGACUACAGAACACUCACAAACUACAACGGCGCUUUACCUCACGGUGAGCCAAAUGAAUAAUUCCGAUGUCUCAGCUACGACUGUUAUGUAUAAAUCAACUGGUACCAUGACCACGAAACACUCACAAACUACAACAGCGCUGAACCUCGUGGUGAGCCAAAUGAAGAACUUCGAUGCCUCAGCUACGACUGUUAUGUAUAAACCAACUACGAAGAACUCACAAACUACAACGGCGCUGAACGACUCAGCCAGCAAAGAUUCUGUUGGCGUUUUGCUCUUUAUAAUGUUAGACGUUUUUCUAACACUCAUUUGAUACUUUUGAAUUUCUUGCUUUGUUCUCUUAUCACAACUUGCUGCUAACGGGAAUAGCUCAAAUCUCAACUCUCACCAUUACUCAAUUCAAUUCUAUUCUGACUGAAAAUGCUGUUUACCAGCUUAUAAAGGCGACACUAAAGGUGACACUACUAGGCUGUCAAUCUUCUUGGAUCGUCAUCGUUUCUAUCUCAACCAGCAAAUCACGUUAAGUUACGUGCAACAGUUCCCGCAUAAUAAGUAUGCUUCUUCGAGUUGUUUACGCUUACAAAAUAACACCCACCAAAAAUUUCAUACUUUUUCGGUUAAGAUAGGCCAAAAAGAAACAAGAUCAACAAUAUGAAAAUUAUAAUUCACUUAUUGGCAGAAUUAGAGUCAUACUUGAAAAGAUAUCUUAAGAGAAAAUACCCUUAGAAGGCUGUUACAUAACAACAGAAUAAACAGAAAAUUCGGAGAAGAAAGGGCGUACACAAGUACCGCCCCCAGAGAAGCUACAACAAGUUAUGUAAUUUAAAAUUCAGUGCGGAAAUGAAAAGUAUAAAUUGUUUGCUCUUCAACUCACCUUAAUUAAAGAAAGAGGUGUUGAAGGUGUCAAAUCAAAAUUUAAGAAAAAUGUACUAUUUUCUCUCAGAAGGAAAAGGUAACAAUUACCCUACUUGCAAAGUAAGAUCGCCAUUAAAAUAGAAAACUGUCAACUGCUUAUUUUUUCUUAAUUGAAUGGCUUUUGCUGAAACAUGUUAUUUCCAUUUAUUUUCUUAAUACUCAAGUAAAUCUAAAAGCACAUUUAAUGAA